AUGCUGGGGGACAGAAAGCCGAAACCACUUGGCGAAAACGCAGACUGGGCCAAGAAGAACAAGGCUUUGAUUGUGAGCAUGGAGCAUCGUUUCUACGGCAAAUUGCAACCGUUGCCUGAUUUCUCGACGGAAAGUCUUAAGUUUUUGUGCGCCGAGCAACUCCAGCAAGUGAGUCACCUUUGGGGGAAGUUACCCCAGCAAGUUGGCCGGAUAGGCCAAGCUCAAGCACGGCACCCGGUUCGCUGGGGCGGUGUGCAUCAAUGCUGUGAACGACUCGAUUCGCUCAAGGCGGUGCACAGCCUCUUGUCCAGCACCAAGCCCGACGACAUCGCCCAGCUAGACACGCUCUUCAAGCCGUGCAGCCCCAUCCUCAAAGAUUCGAGUCGCGCCGUGUUGGAAGCUGACUUGUACUACCCCUUCGAAGGGCUCGCCCAAGCCAACGACUACUCGUCGUACGGGCUCAUGGCAGCGUGCGCUGAUUUCAAGGCGGAGGGCAAGUCCCCGUUGGAAAAGGCUGUCGCGUUCUGCACGAGUCUCAAAUGGGCGACAGUGAGUGCAACUACCAAGCCAACUUUAUCGACCCCAAUGUGACCAGCAGCACGGUGGUUUCGAUCACGAUGCCUCAACCGCCUGUGGACGUACCAGACGUGCACGGAGUUUGGGUUUGGCCAAAACUCUGCGUCCACCAAGGGCAUCGUUUCGGCGCUUUCCUACUCGACGUGGACAAAGCGUUCACAGAAGUAUCCAAGCAAGCGUACAACAUCUCGACCGCGCAAACCGAGUCGUGCAUUGCCACCAACCGCGAAAAAAAUUACGGCACGCUUUCGACGUAUCUGGAAAACGUCGUGUUCCCUGCUACAACGUCGAAGGCUAGCAGUAAGCACUCUCCCCCAGCGACGCCACUAUCUUGGUGAACUCCAAGUCCAAAGUUGUCGACAUCAUUGGCACGAUCCCACUGCGGGGACAUGAGCGCCCCGUCCGCGUCUGACAACGCGUCCUUGGUGUGGGCCACUGCCAAAAUUGACGCCACC